AGGGAAAUCUCCGGAAGGAGUGUUCGCAGAGAGGUGGGGCAGAGCCCGUCUGACUUGGCAUCAGAGUGAAAGAAAUGUCUUUAUUUAAAGCCCGUGAUUGGUGGUCUACUGUUCUGGGAGAGAAAGAAGAAUUUGAUCAAGGCUGUUUGUGUUUGGCUGAUGUUGACAAUAGUGGAAAUGGACAAGGUACUGAAAUGCUGCAUUUGGCUGUGUUGCAUUCUAGAAAACUUUGUGUCUACUCUGUCUCAGGAACCUUGGGUAAUGUGGAACAUGGGAACCAAUAUCAGAUCAAAUUGAUGUAUGAACAUAAUCUUCAGAGAACAGCCUGCAAUAUGACUUAUGGAUCAUUUGGUGGUGUAAAAGGUCGAGAUUUAAUUUGUAUCCAGUCUAUGGAUGGGAUGCUGAUGGUGUUUGAGCAGGAAAGCUAUGCUUUUGGGAGAUUUCUGCCUGGUUCUCUUCUGCCUGGCCCUCUUGCUUAUAGUUCCCGUACAGAUUCUUUCAUUACUGUCUCUUCCUGCCGACAAGUGGAAAGUUACAAGUACCAAGUACUUGCUUUUGCAACGGAUGCAGAUAAAAGGCAGGAGACUGAACAGCAAAAACUUGGUUCUGGAAAAAGACUAGUUGUGGAUUGGACUCUAAAUAUUGGAGAACAAGCCCUUGAUAUAUGUAUCGUCUCUUUCAAUCAGUCAGCAUCUUCGGUUUUUGUUCUUGGAGAGAGAAAUUUUUUUUGCCUUAAGGAUAAUGGACAAAUUCGAUUCAUGAAGAAGCUUGAUUGUAGCCCAAGUUGUUUUCUUCCAUAUUGCUCAGUUUCUGAAGGAACAACAAAUACUUUGAUUGGAAACCAUAAUAAUAUGUUGCAUAUUUAUCAGGAUGUGACACUGAAGUGGGCCACUCAACUUCCCCACACUCCUGUAGCAGUAAGAGUGGGCUGUUUUCAUGAUUUAAAGGGAGUGAUAGUCACUCUGAGUGAUGAUGGUCACCUGCAGUGUUCAUACCUGGGGACAGACCCUUCUUUGUUCCAAGCUCCAAAAGUUGAAUCUAGAGAACUAAACUAUGAUGAACUUGAUACAGAAUUGAAAGAACUUCAGAAAAUCAUCAAAGAAGUAAACAAAUCACAAGGUAUCUCAUUUCAAGCAGCUGAUGUUGACGUGGGAACUGACCUUGUCCCUUCCAUCACAGUGAAGGUCACACUGCAGAAUCGAGUGGUAUUGCAGAAAGCCAAAUUAUCAAUCUAUGUGCAACCACCAUUAGUACUGACUUGUGAUCAGUUCACCUUUGAAUUUAUGACACCAGAGAUGACUAGAACAGUAGGCUUUUCUGUUUAUCUGAAAAAAAGUUACACACCAUCUGAACUGGAAGGAAAUGCUGUUGUUUCUUAUUCCAGACCAACAGAUCGAAAUCCUGAUGGCAUUCCUAGAGUUAUCCAAUGUAAAUUUAGACUUCCCCUGAAAUUAAUCUGCCUACCAGGUCAGCCUUCAAAAACUGCAAGCCACAAACUAACUAUUGAUACCAACAAAUCUCCAGUCAGUCUUCUCAGUCUCUUCCCAGGCUUUGCCAAUCAGUCAGAUGAUGAUCAGGUGAAUAUAAUGGGUUUUCGCUUCUUAGGAGGUUCCCGAGUUACUCUUCUUGCUUCCAAAACUUCUCAACGAUAUCGCAUUCAGAGUGAACAAUUUGAAGAUCUUUGGCUCAUAACAAAUGAGCUUAUUCUUCGCCUUCAAGAAUAUUUUGAAAAGCAGGGAAUCAAAGAUUUUGCCUGUUCUUUUUCUGGAUCUAUGCCUCUCCAAGAAUAUUUCGAAUUGAUUGAUCAUCAUUUUGAGCUGCGGAUAAAUGGUGAAAAAUUAGAAGAACUCUUAUCUGAAAGAGCUGUACAAUUUCGGGCCAUUCAACGCCGGCUAUUAACAAGGUUCAAAGAUAAAACACCUGCCCCCCUCCAACACCUGGACACCUUGCUAGAAGGAACUUUCAAGCAGGUAAUAGCUCUAGCAGAUGCACUAGAGGAAAACCAAGACAAUCUGUUCCAGUCAUUCAACAGGCUGAAAAGUGCCACUCAUUUGGUGAUUCUGCUGAUUGGGCUGUGGCAGAAGCUCAGUGCUGACCAGACUGCUAUUCUGGAAGCAGCAUUUCUGCCACUGCAGGAAGACACUCAAGAAUUGGGCUGGGAAGAAACUGUGGAUGCUGCCAUUUCCCACCUGUUGAAGACUUGCUUGUCGAAGAGUUCGAAGGAGCAGGCUUUGAACUUCAGCAGCCAACUGAACAUACCCAAAGACACCAGCCGACUGAAGAAGCAUAUCACCUUGCUGUGCGAUAGAUUAGCCAAAGGUGGCCGUCUCUGCUUAAGUACUGACGCGGCAGCCCCACAGACCAUGGUCAUGCCAGGUGGCUGUGCUACGAUCCCAGAAUCAGACCUAGAAGAAAGGUCAAUAGAACAAGAAUCCACAGAACUGUUUACCAACCACAGGCACCUCAUUGCAGAGACACCCACGCCUGAAGUCUCACCCCUCCAAGGAGGCUCAGAAUAAUCCAGGUAGAGUUGUCUGGUUGAGGGGAAGAUACCCUUCCCAAGGCUGACCCCAUGAGGACCUCAUGCCAAGCAGUUGUAGGGCCGGCCCAGGUGCUUCAUAAAGCUUACCUUCCUGGAGAUGACACUACAUAGAGUUGGGAAUUGGGACUUGUUAUUUUGCUAGGAGGACUGUUAAUACCACGGACAAGCCAGUUGAAACUUGUAUUGUCUUGCCGGGAGACGAGGUUGCUGCCUUUGGUCAUCUGUAUGCUUAUAGUCACAGGAUAUAGCAAGAUGAGAUAAUUUUGGGACAGACUUCAUAAUGCAGAGAUCCAGAUCCAAAAUAAUUUGAUACCCCAUUUUUUUCCACAGACUUCUUAUAUAGUAAAUGUAUCAAGUUUAAUAAAGCAUCUCAUUGUCAAA